CGAGUCUGCUGCAUGAUGAUCCAAGCCAUCUUCUACAGCGAGUUCGACAACAUCGCGGGGCCACAGAUCGUUUAUCAAGCACCGCCAAAUGCGUUAAGCAACGAAGUGUUUGACAGCGUCUCCGGCUACAUCAUCAUCGACAAGGCGUUGUGUGGCAAGAUCAUCACAGUGUGUCCGCAAGGCAUCAAGAUCGUGGGGUACCCCGUUUGCAUCGAAGACGACAAGUACCAUCGCAACGCGCUUCUCUUCAACAUCGGAUUCGUGUUUGACAAGGACGCGGACGCGGCGCCAUACAAGCCGAUCUUGCGGAAACUCGGCGCGUUGAUGGAGAGCAUGGAGAAAGAGAUGGGGUUCCUCUCCAAGGAAGCUUCAAAGGCAACGCUCUCCACGAUCCUCCCCUCCAUCUUGCACGACCUGACCAUGUACGGCGAGAGCACGACUACCAUCGACACGGCCAACAUCAUCAACCUCAAAGUGUUUCAAAAGCUGCCGCCGCCUCCCAACGUGUUGGACCACCAAGUGCCCGUGGCCAUCCGUGACCUGCAUGAUCUCUUGAAGCACAGCGUUGAAUGGGAUCUGGCGCUGCAGAAGAUCGUGCCCCACAUCGACGGCGUCAACUACGUCAAGCGCAUCGCGAUCGCCGCCGAAGUGGACAUCGCCAUCGUCAAGAGCUGUCUGCGGCAGCUGCUCUACUACCGAUGCAUCACCAUGAUCGAUAUCUUUAUGCAUUCCAACAACUAUGCCACAACCCCCAAACUCCACUCGUUCUUCAACGACCCACUCCUGCAAGUACGUGUCCUUCUAACGAGGGGUGUGUAUCAUGCGUGUUCCUGUAGCAAGAGUGCAUCGAGUACAUUAGCCAUGCCAACGGCCCGCCGCCGCCGUCGUUUGCUACAGUGUUCUCGCUCUACUGCGCGCUGCAGCCCAACACACCCGUGGCACAUGUGUGGACGUCGUACGGAAUGAAGAUGAGAUCUCCAUAGAGAGAUGCAACUUGUGGGGUGCAUGAUGAUUGAUCAUCAUGUGUGUUGUGGGUAGGCAUCAAGAGCUGCUCGUGCACGUCGACGUGCGUCGGCUGAUCACGUUCGGCCUCGUCCAUGGCUUCUUGCGCCGAAUCCACCGGUAUCCAGUGAUCAUCGACAGACUGUCGUCGCGACCAGCACAGAUGCUGUCGUCGUCACCGUCCACGAUGAAUCUGCAGGCCGCCAAUAAUGGGAACAAUGCUGUCAUGAACAUCCGAAAGGCAGCCACGCCGCACCACGGUGGCGGAAGCAACGCCGUUCGGACGGCAUUGGUGGAUCGAGAAGUCGUCAAGAAGAUGAUGGAUGGACAGCACCACACGGACGAGAUCUGUUGUACCCACAUGAUUCGGUACUCGGACUUGGAAAAGGUGUUGGAGGGCGAAGCAUACUGCUUUGUGCUAAAGUAACAUGACUCCAUCUGUCAUGGAAGCAUGAAGUCCUCCUUCCGUCGCUCCAUUCUAUGGCGCGAUCAAUUAACGAAUUAUAAUACAGCCCAGAAAUAGAGAUUCUC